AAUGGGCCUCCAUAUUCAGAUGGCACGGAUUACAAUUUAAAUAGCAGUAAAACACAAGUAAAGGGCUUAUUUGACUCUUUUAUCCCUACCGAGGCUAUCCACAUUUUCAUUUUUGCAAAAUGUCUAAAUUCAAUGGAACAUGGGAGGAUAGAGAAAUAGACCCUAGCUAUGAACCUUUCAUGGAUGCUAUAGGUUUAGGAGAGUACAAAGAAAAAUAUAAGGGAGCAUCAUCCACGGCUACGUAUGAAGUGAACGGUGAUAAGUGGAAAAUCACGUGGCUCACUUCCAUGUAUCCCGACAAUCCCAUGACGUACGAAAUUGAGGUCGGAAAACCGUUUGACACACAAGGUCCCGAUGGAUCAGACGUGAAGUCAACCCUUACCGUUAUCAGCGACUGUGAAACUAAAGAACACGAAAUAACAAAUGCUGAAGAUGGCAAAAACCGAGAAUUUAUCAUUAUUAGAAAGGUUAAUGGAGACAUAAUGGAGUAUACAAUUGAAGCUGUUGCCUCGAAGGCAACCAUGAAAGGAAAGAUGUACAGAAAGAAGUAGUCUAAAGAUCUAGUCAGCUAGCAAAUGGACAUAAAUUCUACAAAAGUAGACAUUAAAGACUUAAAAUCACAAAUCAUGUUUUGAACUGAACGAUCACUUCUAUGCAUUUGUACUUUAGAAAAGUGUACUUAAGAACUGAGAAGAGUAAUAGUAUCAUUGAUACGAAAAAUGUAGUUUUAAGUACCUAUGAUGUACAGUAUUUAUCAAUGAAUUAAACUGUAUAAAGCCUU